UGAAUGAAUGUUUUCAAUCUCUUGGUAUGGCCAAAUUCACAUGAAGGAAAAAGAAAAACGGAUUCAUAUCAAUAACAUAUUAAUUCCACAUAGAUAAAAAAAAAAGAAUUGCCAACUGAUUUUAAUGCAGGAAGCAAAGAUAUCUGAUUGUUUACAUAUCUACACAGGUGCCACCUGUGAGGAGGACACUAACACAUGUGAACUGCUACCGUGUCAGAAUGGUGGCAUCUGCGAGAGCCAUCAUGGAGGCUACAGGUGCCUCUGCUCUCGACAGAGCCAAGAUGGCCAUCUGUACGGAGGUGAGAACUGUACAGUCGCCCUCCUGGGCUGCGACGGCAACCGCUGCAAGAAUGGCAGCAUCUGCUCUCCCCUCUUCCUGAACGACCGCCACACCUACACCUGCACCUGCCGUGCGGGCUUCACCGGCUCCAAGUGCCAGACGUCCACCAUCUUCUCCUUCGAGACCAGCGGCUACAUGUACGUGGAGACCCAGCUAUCGGACCCUGAAGUACCUCUGAACGUCACCCUAAGCUUCAGGACGGACCGGCACGCCGGCACCCUCCUCCAGCGCCAGGUCGAAGACUUGCUGCUCACCAUCGAGCUGGUCGACAGCCACUUACGCCUCAGCAUGCUAAGAGGUCAAGAGUCAAAAAGGGCAGUGGUUCUGGAGCUACCGCCGAGCGUGUCGGAUGGCCAGUGGCACACAGUGGAGGCCUGGCUGGGCAGUGAGGCGGAGGGAAGCGGGAUCAGAUUGCGUCAGUCCUCCUGUGAUGAGGUGGGAUGCACCAAGGAGUUCCCAACCACCGAGACCCCCCUACUGGAGCAAGGCUCCGGCCUCUCCGAGUCCGGCUCAGUCCGUCACAGCCUCUUCCUAGGGGGUGUGGGACUGGGCUGGGGCUCCGGUGUGGUAGUAGGAAAGAGGAUGCCUGAGGCUGCUGACCCUUCUGUCCCACUUGUCCCGCCUGCCCACUUCCUGGGCUGCUUUCGGGACGUGUUUGUGGAGUCGCGGCUGGUGGUGCCUGCCCCCGCCAACUCACCGGCUCAGAUCAACGUCACAGCGGGGUGCAGCGACAAGGACAAGUGUGACGACAACCCGUGUCAGAACCGGGGGCAUUGCACAAACCAGGGAUGGAGGAGCUAUGUGUGCGAGUGCUACAGACCAUACAAGGGGACUACUGACUGUGCUGAGGAGUACAUCCCCGCCAAGUUCGGGUACGAGAACGUAGCAAGCUAUGCCGUCUUCUCCUUGGACGAUCCCCUGGGUUCUGGCACCAUCACCAUAUCCAUGUUUGUGCGUACCCGGCGCCCCAGUGGCCUUCUCCUGGUCCUGGCUAACAGCACCAGCCAGUACCUCCGCCUGUGGCUGGAUGACGGCCGGGUCAAAGUCCAGGUGAACAAUUUUGAGAGCCUGGCGGGAAGCAAAGUGGUCAGUGACGGCCACUUUCACUUGGUGACGGUGCAGCUGGAGGGCGACUCUGUGACCCUGUUCCAGUCGGCCCAGAGCCAUGGAACCAUUCCCAUCCGGCCCGUGGUGGCGCAUCCAGGGGACCUGGUCUACGUUGGGGGCUUGUCUGAUCAGAGAGCCUCGGCCUCCUUCGGGGGUUACCUGAAAGGCUGUGUCCAGGACCUGAGAAUCAACAAUAAACGGCUGCAGUUCUUUCCCAUAGGAACUCCGGUGGCCUCAUACGGUGUGGAGGAGCUGGUUAACGUCACACAGGGAUGUAUGAGUGACAACGUCUGCAGUAACAUCCCAUGUCUGAACGGCGGAGUGUGCUACUCCAUGUGGGACGACUUUAUCUGCAAUUGCCCACCCAACAUUGCAGGGCGGCGCUGUGAGGUGGUCAAGUGGUGUGAGCUGUCUCCGUGCCCCUCGACCGCAGCCUGCCAGACCCUCUCACAGGGCUUUGAGUGUGUGUCCAACGUGACCCUCCGGAAUGACAGCAUACUGUCCUACAGAGGCAACGGGAAGAUCAGGCACCACCUCAGCAGCGUCCUCCUAAGUGUGCGAACCAGACAAACGAACGCCACCCUCCUACACACCAAGAAAGGCUCUGAGUUCAUCACCAUCUCCCUCCAGGACUCUCACCUCCUGCUAGAACUACAGGCCGGUGGUGGCAAGGCCUCCCCCAAGCUCACUGCCCAGAGCCGGGGCCUGGUCAGCGACGGCAAGUGGCACAUGGUGGAGCUCUCCAUGGAAGCCCCGGAUCUACAGACCUCCAGGUGGAUCAUGGUCCUGGAUGGGGGAAGAGAUGGAGUAGAGGAGGAGCAUGUUGUGUCCAAGGUCGCCUCUGGGAGCCUGGCCUUCCUCAGGGAGGGAGUGGACAUCCUCCUGGGAGGUCUGGGGCCAGAGGCUGGGGGGAAUUUGAAUGGAUGUCUGGGCCCUGUCCAGAUUGGGGGGCUCCCGCUGCCCUACUAUGAAGAUACUGACCUGAACAUUCCCAGGCCCCAAGAGGGGCAGUUUGUGAGGACCCCCAGUGCCGUCACCCCCCUAUAUGGCUGCCGGGGGGCUAGUGUGUGCACGCCAAACCCUUGUCAAAACCAGGGGGUGUGUGAGGAACUCUUUGACCUCUCCCUCUGCAGAUGCCCUCCUGAGUGGAUGGGGUCACAAUGCCAGAAUGACGUGGACACCUGCGCCGUCAAGCCCUGUGUCCAUGGUAACUGCAGUGUGUUGGGGGAGGGAUAUCUAUGUGCGUGUGAGCCGGGGUAUGGGGGGACCAGGUGUGAGAAGGACGUGGACACGUGUGAGAACAACAAGUGCGGCCCGGAGGCCACCUGUCUCAGAGGCCUCCUGAACUAUGCCUGCCACUGCCCCAGGAACAUGACCGGGCCCUUCUGCGAUGAAAAGGUGCCAGAAGUCCCAUGGUACAUUGAAAAGAUACCAUACCCCAACCUGCCCACGUCCGUGUGUCCUGGAGACAGAUGGAAUUACAGCUGUUUCAACGGGGGGAACUGCUCUAAGCAAGACUACACCUGUGACUGUCUGCCCGGUUUUAUAGGGCAAUGGUGUGAGAUAGACUUUGAUGAGUGUGCGUCGGGCCCCUGUGAAUACGGAGGCUACUGCCACAACCUUGUCAACCACUUCCACUGUAUAUGUGAGAUGAACUUCUCAGGUGACCAGUGCCAGAUCGAUGUCAGCGACUUCUACUUGUACCUGGCCUUGUUGCAAUUCCAAUACAUGUUCCAGCUCAUGUCCUACCUUAUCUUGCACCUCGACGAUGGCCCAGAGAUCGACUGGGGACAACUGCAAAUAGAUGACGACUAGCGAUCCAUUGGAGCCAACAUGGACAACUUGGAGCACAUGAGAGCCAACAUGGACAACUAGGAGCGCAUGAGAGCCAACAUGGACAACUAGGAGCACAUGAGAGCCAACAUGGACAACUAGGAGCACAUGAGAGCCAACAUGGACAACUAGGAGCACAUGAGAGCCAACAUGGACAACUAGGAGCACAUGAGAGCCAACAUGGACAACUAGGAGCACAUGAGAGCCAACAUGGACAACUGGGAGCACAUGAGAGCCAACAUGGAUAACAAAGGGCCAUCGGGAACCAACAUGCAGCCCCCGUCGAUGACAAAGUGUUGAUUGAAUGUUCUGGGUAGCUGUUACUCCCACUUCCUAUGCACAGGUUUAGGAUCCAUUUACCCUCCCAAAAACCUUACCUUAACUAUUUACAUAUGUUAUUGGACCAUGAACAGACAUGGCUCAUUAAUCCAUACAGUCCAAAUAAUGAUAAUCCACACCUACAAGCAAUACAAGACUGUAUUAUUAUGGUGGGAGAUUAUAAUACAGUUUUAAAUACCGCAAUGGACCGUUAAGGAAAUCACACUACAAACUAAUACCCUCGUUCACUUAAGGAAAUAUCGAAAUCAUGGAUAUAUUGGAACUAGUGGAUAUAUGGAGACUUAAAUAUAUCCUGACCUAGUGACAUAUACAUGGCGGAGGCUCAAUCAAGCUAGUCAUCUUGACUACUUUCUUAUGUCGUUCUCGCUAGCACUAAAAGUUUUUUGUAAAUUGAUAGGGGA